UUAUGCAGUAUCGUCAUAUUUUUAUAAAUAACCUAAACAUUGAAUAUUUUAUUGAAUGUUUUAUUAAAUAUUUUAUAAUUUUAUUAUAAUUUUGAAUAUAGAAUCCAUUAAACAAUAUAUUGGCGAAUGGAAAUGUGUGCUAAGUUUUCAAUUUAAAUUGUUGAUUAUUACCAAAAUUAUUAUACUAAAUAUAAAUGGAGAAGCUCCAAAAUAUACGUACCUUCUUUAUAUUAUUAUUAUUAGAGUUAGAAAAAGCAUAACACGUCAAACUUCGAAAAUGUCGACGUGUGGCAUUUCUGAGUCUGAGCGCAGUGCUUAUGACAAGAAUAAAUACAUAUAAUUAAUAUGACCUAAAAUUGCAUUGUUGCCUAAAAUUGCUUUUACACGGAAGUGUCGAGAAUCGAACGUCAAAACGUACACAAUAAUACGUUUAAUAAUUUUCCUAAGUUUAAACCAAAUUAUUAUAUAUUAUCUUUUCCAUAUAUCGGAUAAAGACAAAAAAUUUAAUAAUUUGUAUAGAAAAUUAAAUAAAAAAUUAAAUAAUAUAGUAAGAAAAUAUAUAUCUUGUAAAAACACAAAUAAUUAACGACAAAAUUCCUCAUACAAAUAUAAUGACUUCAUUUGCACAGACCUUGUGUACAUUGGAAUUAUCUCUUAUUGUUAGUAACAAUAGGCAAUCUAUAUAAAAACAUAGAAAUACGAUUAUGAGUAAUUUUGGUAAACAAUUAAAUUUUACUAAAAAUACUUACCGAUCAAAUUAAUUAAUUGUUAUAAUAUACAAAUCAAUUAUAUAAAAAGAAAUAAAAACAAAUUAAAAGAGUAAAUAAGUAAGCACAUAAAUGUAUAUAUAGCAACAGUAGUAAUGUUAGCAAUAUCAGUAUAUGCAUUUGAAAGUGAAAGUUAUAUUCGCUAUCAGCAUACUUUUUGUUAGCAACUAAUUGGUUGUAUAAAAAAAUUAAGCAAUAAAAUAAAAGAUUGAGUACCUUGACAUAUUUAACCACUGGCAGUAGAAGAAAAAACCGGACGCGUAAAGUAAAAAGCAGAUAAAUUCACGUUUCAUCUCUUUACUAAAAAGGGAUACAACAUCUGCAGUUGCUGUAGCCUCGAAAAGAAAACUGCACACCUCAACUUUAUCUGCCUCUCACUCUAUGUACGUUCGACUCCCCUUCCAUUCGCUUCAACAUUCCAUAUGUCGAUAGUCAAGCUAAACUAAGCUAGUUGGCACCAAGACACGAAUGGAUAAUGUUCGAUAAAUAACAUCAAACACAAUGCAAAAUAAAAUAGAGCAUGUUCAGUAAAGUCAAAAUGAGUGAAUUCUAGAAAUAGUCAAUUGUAUAUUGAUAACGUUGUGAAUAAAGAAACAUCUUUCAUAAAAUGUGGUUGUUCACUAGAAUGUGUACAAGCAAAGUACGUCUUGACGGCAAAACUGUUGUGAUAACGGGAGCAAGUGAUGGUAUUGGCAAAGAGACUGCUAGAGAUUUAUAUGCAAGAGGCGCUAGAGUAAUUCUAGCUUGUAGAAAUAUUGAGAAGACAACUAAAGUAGUUGAAGAUAUAAAAAAUAAUCCACCUUCAAGGCUCACAAAAGAUGAAUAUGAGAAUAACGUAGGCGAACUUGCGAUUUAUUUUCUGGAUCUAAAUAGUUUGAAGAGUGUGAGAGAAUGCGCUAAAAACUUGCUUACAAACGAAGCAGCUAUUCACAUACUUAUAAAUAAUGCCGGUGUAGUUGUUCCAUAUGUUCAAAAAACGGAGGACGGACAUGAGAUGACAUUACAAGUUAACUAUCUUAGUCAUUUUCUUUUGACACUUCUACUUUUGCCGAAAAUGCAGUUAUCUUCUCCCAAUUGCAGAAUAGUCAAUGUCUCAUCGAUUACACAUUUCACUGCUGACAUAGAUUUCAAUGAUAUUAAUCUGGAAAAACCUUAUAAACAUACAAGUUUUACACGAUAUACAAAUUAUGCACGAACAAAACUGGCAAACAUUCUUUUCACUAAAGAACUCGCUCGUCGAUUGAAAGAGGCAAAUAUUCACGGAAUAAACAUAUACUCUUUACAUCCUGGUUUAAUAUGGACCAACGUAUGGGAGGAUGGCUUUACCGCAAUAUUUCUAAAUACGAUUAUUAAAUUUUUUCUAAAAUUAUUUUAUAUAAAUGUUGAAGAAGGAGCGCAAACAACAAUAUAUUGUUCGGUGGAUGAAAAGACAGCCAACGAUACCGGACUUUAUUACUCAAAUUGCAGUAUUGCAACUGCAUCUCAAAAAGCAAAUGAUUAUGAAUAUGCCAAAAAAUUAUGGAAUGUAUCCUGUCGUCUUUUAAAUCUGGAACCUGAAGAAGAUUUUACCAUGUUCUUGGAAACCGUCUCACAUCAAAUGCUUUAGAAAAAAUUUAUUUUUAUGUGAAUUAUCACGAAAAUAUAAAAAAAAUGUAAUUUUUAAUAAAUAAAAUGUUUAACACAUAUUUUAACUAUAAACAUUAUAACUAAUAAUUAAAAAAAUAUAUAUAUACAUAUAUCAAUAAAUCUAUAAUAAAUACGCAAUGAAUUUUUUAAUAAAAAAAAAAAAAGGAACACUGAACAACUCUGUUAUUGUAUUGACGAAGUUCGAAGAUUAUAUUGACACGUAAUAUUACUUUAUCUACCACAUGCAACGCCUACAUUGAUUCAAAAAUUAAUGUUAUGUAUUACUUUCAUAAAAAGAAUAUAUACGUCGAAAUAGCAGCGAUCAAUAACUUUAUGAUCAUUUACAAUAUAUAUUCGUAUAAAUGGUACUUGGAUCAAACGCAAAACAUAAUCGUAUAUUUCACCACGAAAAUUUCAAUAAUAUAGCUAAACCGAGACGAUCGUCCAGCAUAUCGACGUUUUGCACAGCUUUAUCGCUAAGUCUGACCUUACGAAACCCCGGAAAAGCAGCAGUCGCGUGGGAGACGAUAAUUUAUCGCGAUAGUACUGUCUAUUGAGAAAUGAAAGAGAUUCUCGGAAACAUAAAUUGAUAGAAGAAGAUUAGACGCGAUUGCUGUGCGCAAAGAUGAGAUCUACAGCAUACGAACUACUCUAUUUCUGAAACAAAUGGACGCAAUAAUUUUCCGUAAUGUGUGACAGGAGGACUCGCUAUAAAUUACAAAUAUUCUCUGAACAUUAUACGUACAUAUUCUUAUACCGGUUUUCUUUGGAACGAGGCAAUAUUAUCAAGAUGAUUGAAAAACAGCAAAAGAAGUGGAAGCGCGCCCGCAAAUAAAGCGCCGGAAGUGGCCAACUGAACUGUCGGAACGGAUAAUGGUCGGUCGGGUCACUGACACUUUCCGCAUAAAAAUUGUCCGCCGGACCGCACGAGCAAGUACGCGUAAGUUUAAGUACAAACGUAAAAAGUAACGGGGCCCAGUUGAAAAGAAGUCAACGAAACGACCUGUAGCGAAUCGCGCGGCCCCCUUACCUCGUUGUCCUUGUAGGGACCAGUUUCUCGUUGGUACAGUCCGGCACCUCGAGGAGUCUCUGCCAUUUCCCCGCGAUGCGCCCUUUCGAAUUUAACCGAGAGGCAAACACAAAACGAAACAAAUGACAGCGAUUUUCAGUGAGUAUUUCCGCGAUGAUCCGCAUGAGUCAUACGGAGCAGAUCUGGCCAUCAAUUCACGAACAUUCACGAGAAAUCUGAGAAGAAAGGUCGACGUGUCCACGAAUAUCGAAUAUUUAACGCGCAUUUCUUUCGAACGCAAGUCAAUAUUUUAAUAUCUCAUUGGGGUUAAUUAAUUUGCCUGUUCUCUCUAAGGUAUUAUCUUAAGUAUCUUAUCUUCGUUAACCUAUCACGGAAAUGUUAUCUGAUAACCGGAGAGCAGAACUUCUAUCGCGAUAAUUAUCUUCAGCGAGAACUAACGAGACAAGUUGUCAUUACGUGACUCCAUAUAAUGAGGAUUUCCGCGAGUGAAAUUUCGAGGAUGGGAAACAUCGUAGAUCUGGAACUGCAUAACCGUAAUGCUGCGCUAAUUACUAUUUUAUUUAGCAGAAGCCUAGAAACCGUCGCAACUCUAUUCAAGUUGUACGUUAUACAUGCCCAUUUCCCAAGCUUCUAUCGGGAUAUGUUAUUAUUAUUGUUGCCACUCGUGACUUACACUUAUGAUGAAAACCAUCUUGGCACUAUGUACUUUAGUGUAACAAAUAAAUGAUAGUAAUUAUCCAGCUUCUAAGCCUUUCAUCAAGACGUAUUAUUAAUAUUGUUGCAUUUGCGACACUCACGCAUCAAUGAACAUCUUGACACUAUGUAUUUAAUACAGCGAAAUAAAAUUCCUAAAAGAAAUUUCAAUGAAAAUUAACAAAUUAUGUUUAACAUUAACUCGUUUUGAUAAGAUUUGAUAAUACAAUUCGAAAAAUCAUUUGUAGACUUUUUUUCUCUAUGAGUUUAUUCGUCUUUUUUUUAUAAAAUUCUCAAUACAGCAGUACAUUUGAAUAUUCUGCGCCUCAUAGUUGUAAUCAACUUAUAACAUUAGCAAUUAAUUAGGAUUUAAUUAAGAUUCUUUUCUUUAAAUUCUUUACAGAAAUAUGAGAAGUAGAACAAUCAGCAUAUGAUUAACGUAUGUAUAAGGUAAUCGAUCUAAAUAAUCGAACAGUACCUACUUUCCGUACACAAAAAUUAAAUUAAGAAAUGUAUUAAUUUAUAAAAUUAUUAAGAUAAUUUUAUAAUAUUAACAAGCAAUAUUGGUAGAGGCACGGAAAAUUAGAGAAAGGUAUAUUGAAUUUAAUCUCUAGUUAAACAAAAGGGUGAAGAAGGGUUUUCUAACAGGGUCAGCCUUAUCUAAACGCAACAGAAGCGUUUCUCUCCUACCGAUGGCAACCUCAUUUCCAUGGUAAUCGAGUAGCUGGCAGUUAAAAUGACCGCGCAAUCGAUGGAACGAUUUACGAGUUUGAUGGUCGUGACGGUAACAAUGUGCGGUCCAUAAAGGCGCCCACGUGUCUAUUCGCGCGCAUGGAAAACAUUUACGAGCUCAUAUUGGAACAACAUUGCUUACCAGCUGCAGUGGUAGUCUUUCUAGUUUAUCAUAUCAUUAAUCCUAUGAGACUCGUAUUAUGCAGACAAGAUUUAUUUAUAACAUCUUUCUCAUCAUCAGGAUAAUCGCAAUGGAAAAUUUUGGCUCAAGAUUUUUUUUAUUGCAAAAAAAUCCUUGGCGGCAAUAUUUUACAUUACGAGAGAUAAUUGCAACAUGAUAAAAACUUUUUGUGUUGCUACUUCUUAAGAUUAAUUGUUACACUGAGAGCUCUGAGAAUUUUAAUCCGAAAAUAACUCAUAUUACUUAACUCAAAAUUAUUGCAAGUUGUAUCGAAGUGUAGAAUAAAAAGCAACUUUAUAAUUAUAAUACAUGAAUGGAGAUUGUACUUGUCACACAUAAAUACAAAAAAAAAUAUAUAAAUAUAAUUUGCGAAAAAGACAAGCUUAUUCGCGAAAUAUAUAAUACAGUGCAGCUGUAUGAUGAGUUUCUUAAUCUCGCCGUAUUCCAAGCUCGUCGAUAUUCCACAACACGUAAUUAUCUCGUAUAUUUCACAUUUUAUUUAACACUUCUAGAGACUCUCUUCAAACAUCAAAUUAUGAUACUCGAGAGCACGGGAUCGGAUUAUUAAUUACAAGAUUUAUGUUGCAACGAGAGAGAAAUGUUAAAUAAAUCGGUCACGUAAGAUCUGUAUUCAACUGUGGCUUCUUAUUAAGCGUUCGUUCUGUGUCGCGGGAGAAGAUACGAUUUUUCAAAAGAAUCGUCACUUAAGACCGCGGAAUGGCAUAGAAUAAUAACGCACGAUACGUAACGACGAUCGCGUGUUCGUAGCGAGUUAAAGUUGCGUUAGCGGCAUCAUCACUAGCAAUUUAUCACUACGGCAAUUUGCAUCGCGGCAGGAGGACAGCAACGCGAGUGGCCGACAAGUGUAUCUGAUACUUCGGCGCAACAUUUUUUUACUAAACAAUCAUCAACUAAACAAGAACAGAUACACAAUAUUAUAUUUAUAAAGGAGGAAGGAUGCCAAUACUGGCAUAGACCUUUUAAAUAUUUCUUUAUUCAAAAAAAAAAAAAAAAA